AUGAAAAGCCUCCUGAAUGUCGCCCUGUAUCUGCUCGUGCUUAAUUUAUGUAUCUGCCUCAUAAACGCGAAGGAGGAAAAAAAUAACCCAAGUGCACCCCUUGACGUGGCACUGGAAAAAUCAAAUCUGAGGUACCGCAAUCAGGGCAGCAAAAAUGUAGGAAAAAAGAAAGCAGCCAAAUUGACCACUCAAGACAGUAACUCCAAAAAGGGGUCAGCGGAUAUUAACAAAACGCAGAGUGUUAACAAAGGAGAAAAUGGCAUCCCCGAUUUUAAUGACAAGGAUAUGAGCACCAUUGAUGAGGGUUACCUAGGGCCCAAUGUUCCCAAUGAGGGUAAUCAGAGCCUAUCGAACGAAGACACGAAAGUAAAACCCGAAAAAGUAACAGAUAAAAAGGAAAAGGGAGAACGAAAAAAGGGGGGAAGAAAAAUCAAUAGUGGUCAAACGAAUCCAAAAAGUGAGACACAGGUAAAUAAUAACAAUGCCGGGACGGGGAAGAAGAAGGUUUCCAAAAAAGGAGAAUCUAACAAAAAUGAAAAGAGUAAACAAGAAGCAAAUGCAACACCAGAACAGGGUGUAACCAUGCCGGUAGAGGGAAAGCAGGUACAACAGGAGGUAGCACAGGUUGAUGUGAAUGGUCUCAAUGAAGUAGGCUCUUCGGGCAAGUCCAUCAAUAAAGAAAAAAACGAAUCAGAAAAUUCAAACCCACAAGUAACCGGUCCAGCUGCUUCUCUUCCAACGGUGAGGCCAAUUCAACAGGGGGAAAGAACCACCCAGUGGAACAUCAAAAGGGUAGAUGCACCAGGCUACUCGAAUGGUGUAGAAUCCGUGAAAGGAUCGGAACCGACAACCACGUCGGAUCUUGAACACAAAUCGGAAACUUCGUACAUUUCGCAGGGAAAUCCCAAACCGGAACAAGUAAAAGAAGGAAAAAGUGGAAAUGUGAAAAAUGAGACAUCGAAGGAGGAAAAAAAAUUGCCAUAUGGGAAAGAAGACGAAGAAGAAUCAAAACAAAAUGGAGCUAGCCAAGAUGGAAAUAAAAAGGAUGGCUUCUCAAAAAAAGACAUAGUAAAACUCUUUCAUGAGAAUAUGGACUUUUCGUCUUUAGUAGAAAAUUUUAAGAUUAACGAGAAGUUACAAAAAAUGUCUGACGAGUUGGUAACUUUUGCGGCCAAAGCAUAUGAUGGCUUUCUCGUGUUCGUCAAGAAAGUGAAGUUGUUCACGAACGAGAUCGUGAACAUUAUGCAAAACUUUUGA